AUGUCAUCGCAUGGAUCUGAAGCAGUACUGCUGCUGCUGAUUCUAUGCUUCGCAAGAGCAUCAUGGUGUUGCGUUUGCGUACCGGAACGGUUGUGCCCUGCGCCGGAUGUAGAUUUGCGGCUCGUCGACAGUGAUUGCCCACCUGGGGAGUUGUGCUGUGAUGAUCCGAUGGUGGAACAACCUGCUAUUAACACCGGUGGACAACAUCCAGCAGACUCGUGUAAUGGUGUGUGCGUAAUGGACGAAAGCCAAUGUCCGGACUCCGAUUUGUACGAUGAGUAUGGUUCGGAUACGCUCGAUAUACGCCUUGUGGCAGACGGUGAUGAGUGUCCUCGGGAUUAUAUCUGCUGCGGCACUUCCACCAUGCCUCCCAAAGUGCCCCAAAUCUGUAAUGGAACUUGUGUGGCGCCCACAAUGUGCACGAUGUUUGAACCAUCCGCUGGCGAAGGUUGUCCAGCGGACCAAGUGUGCUGUCGAAUGAAUCGGAUAUCAUGGUCCGAGCUCGUGAACGAUAUUAACUCCAUGGAUUUAGGCCACACUCGCGAACCACCGAGCACGUCUGAUCGUUGCGCUGUUACGAUGGGGAAUUCCUUUGAACGACUCGCAACUCCAGCAUGGUUUUUGUCCAUCUGGGCACAGGUAGAGGUGGCACAAGGCUUCUUUAGCGAUCAGUACCUCUGCGCCGGUGCACUUCUUUCGCCGGACCUUGUGCUUACACUGUCCAGCUGCGUGGAGCGCAUAUCCCCGGAUCGUCUCUUUGUGAACCUUGGCGACGAUGACCUUUCGAACCGGUUUUUGCUGCAGGACAGCAAUAUAUACACGAUCGAGAAGGUGACCACGCACGAGGACUACAGAGUGGAUCCAGUUCGCCGAAAUGUAGCACUGUUGCAUCUGACCACCAAAAUCCGACGAAACGCAUCGUCCUGUUUCGCAACCUUCACCGAGAAGAGGCCAACGAGCGGCGGAUGCUACAUCGUCGGUUGGAACAAGGAUGCACUCGCUUCCGGAACGGAAGCUGUACCUCGUCGGUACCAAACGACACUCGGCGAAGACUCGGCCAACGAUCUCGGGGGCUGUAUGUCCGAUUUGGUGUGUUUUUCAAAUGGAGCAAACUGUGACGAUCGCUCGAUGAGCAGUGCUGCACUGCUGUGCGAUCAAGAAGGGGGAUUGGUUGGAUUACACGCACUACUCCUUAGUAACUGCACGGGGUUGCCGUUGCAGAGCCUCGCGAACUGGAUCGAUCAUCAGAGAGAUCCAUCCUUUGUCCAGAAAGUACAACCUCCCGUACCUUCGCGUAAUUAUCUUCCCUUGUAG